GCUGCGCAGAACUAAAGGGACGGAAGGUGUUUAGUACUUUUGUUUACUACUAUACAACGUAGUGGUCUGUGUGUGUGACCUAAAAUAGAUUUACGUUUUAAUGUACUUUAAAUACACCGUAAAACAACAAAGAAUAACUGUGGGCAAACUAUUUAGUUUGAGCUGCUUCCGCGGAUCACAACAGAUGAGGUCACAAUUGUGCGCCGAGCGAGGAAGGACUGCAGACGCCUAUUCUCACUUUCUGAGUUUAAGAUCAGCCAAAAUGGCAAUAUUUCCCAGUUCACUGACAGAGGAGGAGGAAGCACUGCAGAAGAAAUAUGCUAAAUUAAAGAAAAAGAAAAAGGCCCUAAUGGCUCUGAAGAAACAGAGCUCCACCAAUCAGACAGGUCAGAUAGGACUGAAGCGCACUCUGUCAGAUCAGCCGGUGGUGGACACAGCGACCGCAACGGAGCAGGCCAAAAUGCUGAUCAAGUCUGGAGCGAUCAGCGCCAUCAAAUCAGAGAACAAGAACUCAGGCUUCAAGCGCUCCAGAACACUUGAGGGUAAACUUAAAGAUCCUGAGAAAGGUUCUGCCCCAGCAUUCCUGCCAUUUCAAAGGAGCGUCUCUACAGAUGAGGAGCCUCCUGAUUCUGCUAAACGAAUCCACAGGAAAUCCCUGUAUGAGAGUUUUGUUCCUGGAGAUCAAUCUCGUGACGAUGAGGGAGGAAUGUCGAGUCGAGAUUCUGAGCGCGAUCGGGAAAGAGAGAUGGACUGGGAGAGAGAUCGAGAAAGAGACAAGGAGAGAGAACGAGACCGAGAGCGUGAACAUGAACGUGACAGGAGCCGGGAUAGUGAAAGGGACAGAGAUCGAGACAGAGAAAGAGACCAAGAGCGGGACGGACCCUACAGACGGUCAGACUCGUAUCCAGAGCGCAGAGGUGUGCGCAAAGGAAACACUGUGUAUGUAUACGGCACAGGUUUAGUGGAAGACAGUUUGCGCUCGGCCUUCACACAGCAUGGCAACAUCAUCGACCUUUCAAUGGACUCACCACGCCAUUGUGCCUUUGUCACCUAUGAGAAGAUUGAAUCAGCAGACCAGGCUGUGGUAGAGCUGAAUGGUGCUACUGUUGGUGACGUCAACAUCAAAGUCAGCAUUGCCAGAAAGCAGCCCAUGCUCGAUGCUGCCACAGGGAAAUCUGUCUGGGCUUCUCUUGCUGUGCAGAACAGUGCCAAGGGUUCGUACAGAGACAAACGGAGCCAGGUCGUCUACAGUGAGGACUUCCUUUGAAAACAGUUAUUUAGCAUAUGUUAAACUUAUAAAAUAAUCCAGCAUUAGAUUUUGUCUACAUACAGCAAAAAUGUAGUUUUUUUUAAAGAAGCGAUGAAGUGAAACUGUUACUUUUCUGUCAUUUUAAUUAGCACAGCAUUUGAGUAUUUUUACCACUCAGUGUAUCUGGACAUUUAGCUCAGUCAUGGAUUUCAGUAAAUAAUCAAUACACUUUUCCAUCAGCAUGCCUGGGUUGACUUCAUAAUAUGGGCAAACUAAAAAAACAUUACCUCAGUGAAACAUCUUCAGAGUUUGACAGGCAGAAACUGUAAGCCAGUUUUUGAGUUUUUAGAGGUGAUAUCAAGCAAAUCUGAGCUUUGUAUAGAUGUAUUUUGUAUUGGAGUAUGAAUAAUAACUGAUUUACUGCAGACCUCAGCUGUGUGAAACAAGUUUACCCCGCUACAAUCCACAACAUGAGAUGGUAUUGAUGAAAUGAGCUCUAGUUCAGACCUUCCAGUGCUCUUUUUGCCUAAAGGGAAACAGAACACUGAGAACACAAAUGCAGAGACAUGCACUGUUAUAUAAACUCUGCAUACUAAAAAGAGUAACAUUAUAUCAGAUUUAUUGGGAAACACAUAAUAGUUUUAGAAUUUUCCUCUUUUUUUCUCCAGUGAGAUAUACAACAUUACUCAUAUGAAUAUGAAUGACUAUGGGGAAAAAUAUCAAAACAAAAUGUUUUUUGUAACAAAUGUGAGAAACUGCAACACUCAAUAUUUCAGCAUUAAGCUUUCAUUUACAAGAGCCAAUGGGUACAUGCACUGUCUGAUAUGUGUCUUAUAUGGACAAGGGGCAUAAGCAUUAAUCUGACAAGUAAUAAUAGUGUAAAAUACUAGUAAAUAGUGUUUUUAGGCUGAUUUAGGAGAUUUUGCUCUUUCCCAUUUGCUCAUUCAAGUACGUAAAAGCUGUGACUACAAAAAGCUGCCCAAGUGUAUCAGUGUCUUUUUUGUCCAUACAGUGUAAGUCAGUGGCUAGAUCAGGAUUUGUGUAACCUAACCAACAUACUUCGUGGAAGGUUGGAAACCAAGCUUAACAUGUUUAGUCAAGCUGUUUAUAAAGAAUGUGUGGUAGAUUCGUUAAAACAGUAGCUAGGAAGAGUUUCCCCGAAAGUUCUGGGUAUAAGAGAUACUCCAGCUGGUGCAAGACGAAGCUUGCAAGCAGACGAGCAAGAGGAGAAGAGUCUGAAGGUGAUAUGGGAAUAAGGGGUAUGUUAGCAGCAGUGAGGAGACCAGUGAGAAUGCCAAGAGCGGAGAAAAGGAAGGAGACCAAGAGGGAGUUGUUUAGUUUGCCAGACAUACUGGAAGAAAAAAAGGAGUUGUGACCUAUGGAGGGUGGUUGCUUUGUAUCUAAGGAACAGGAAUCCACUAGCAUCACUCAAUUUUAAAUAUUGAUUUUUUAGGAGAAGAUUUUCAUUUCGGUGACAGCAAGGAGAAUGUCUGGUUAGGAUGUCUGGAGGAGGUGGGUAUAUAGACACAAGCUGCCAGAAGGCCGUCCCAGGAUUUCCUGGGUGUGUGGAACAUGCUUUGAUGAUAUGGGAGCAGAAUUUUUUUUUUUUUAAAUCAGGUAAAGUUUUAAGCAUAAAAGGUUCAUGGGUGUAGGCUACAUGACUUUACAAACAUUUGACAUUAAAUAAGUAUCUAUUAGUGUCGAUUUCAAUGUGAAGCAGCUUUUUCCACAGUCUAAUGCUCUUUAUAACAUGCAUAAUUAAAUGUUCACACAAUUAAAUGUUCUCUAAUUCAAACUGUUGCAU